AUGCCAAUAAAGACUAGCCUCGCCCGAGCGCGUCAAAGGACUGCAUACAAAGGGAAAACCUUUCAUCCUAGCUUAACAAAUAAAUCUAAGGAUACUCAGGAUUUCGAGGACCUCCAAGAUUUCGAAGAUAGUUCAAAUGAGAUGGUAAAUAAACACCACACUUUGCCCAUGGCCGGUCCAACAGCUUACGCAAGUCAGGAGCCAAUGAUCCCUGAUCUGUUCACUAGCUGGCCCCCUAUUCGGGAAGCGCUCGCUACCGCAACUUCCAACGUACAAGAUAUCACCGUGAAUGAAUGUCUACCUUUCUUGGCAGCGCAGGUUGAUAAUGUGUCGUACAACCAGUAUGGCCUACCACGUCUUGAUCGGGAACGGCAUAUCAAAUUCCUCCGUAAGAACCUAGCACCUCUUCCCGCUCGUUUCGUGAUGUUAGAUGCAAGCAGGCCGUGGGUCCUUUACUGGUGUCUCAAUGGUCUAUCCCUCCUAGGGGAUGAUGUCUCUGUUUACCGCGAUAGCCUUAUCGAGACGGCUCGUUCUAUGCAAAAUCCUACUGGCGGGUUUGGAGGAGGUUUUGGCCACGAUUCCCACCUAGCCUGCACGUAUGCUGUGGUCUUGGCACUAGCCGUAGUAGGAGGCGAUGCUGCAUAUGAAGUCAUUGACCGAAGAGCUCUUUGGAAAUGGCUUUGUGAUUUGAAGCAGCCUGACGGGGGCUUUCGGAUGGCCGUUGGCGGUGAAGUCGACAUAAGGGGAGCCUAUUGCGCAGCUGUCCUGAUUACUCUGCUUAACCUUCCUCUUGAGUUGCCGCCCGACUCUCCGGCAUGGACGCCCGACGGACCAAACUUGUUCACAGGCCUAGAAGAUUAUGUACGGCGAUGUAAGAGGACCCAGGCGAAGUACCCAUAUGUUGGACCUAUGCAAACUAACCCUGCAGGCCAAACCUUUGAGGGUGGAAUUUCGGCGCAACCAGGUGGUGAAGCCCAUGGAGCUUAUGCCUUCUGCGCUUUGGGUUGCCUCGCGAUCCUUGGUGCUCCGCAUCGUACCUUUCCCAGAUAUCUUGAUGUCCCACGGCUCAUCUCAUGGCUGUCAUCACGACAGUAUGCACCGGAAGGCGGGUAUAGCGGCCGUACGAACAAGCUCGUCGAUGGCUGCUACAGCCAUUGGGUAGGCGACUGCUGGCCAUUGGUCGAGGCUAGCCUUGCUGGUCCAUCUAGUCUAAUGUUUGACAUAAACAAAACUAAAGGCCCCGAUAUUGAUAUCCACAAUAUUUACAGUCGCGAAGGUCUUAUCCGGUAUAUCCUCUGUUGCGCGCAAGAUCAAUCAAGAAGGGGUGGCAUGAGAGACAAGCCAAGCAAAAUUUCUGAUGCGUAUCAUACUUGCUACGUACUCUGCGGACUUUCUUCAGCUCAACACAUUACUCGUUUACUUGCCUCGGAGGGUGAAGGGAUGAUGACGCAUUCGGAAUAUGACGUCUCGCCGCUCCGCGGAAGCCCUCAGAUUUAUGCUGAAGAAGAUCGACUCAACACUACUGAUCCUGUGUAUUUCAUACCCGAGGGGAAACGGAAAGAAAUCAUGUCAUAUUUCCUAUCGAAGCCGGGUUUUUGACCCGCUUGUGGCCGCAUAUGAAGAGGCCAUAUCCGACACUACGCCGGACCAAUCGAGGAAGGCUGAGAAUUUCCCUCGCAUCCUACGAAUCUUCGACCUUCCGCCCAUGAUUAAUGAGUGUCAGCAUUAUAGCCUCUCCCUCACGUGCCGAGCUAUAUAGUAUAGCUCUCCUAGCGUGCUUAGUAUAAGCCAUAUAAUUACCCCCUGGGUUGAGGUGGGCUAGCUCGUGUACCUACUCGCCUACUUGGAGGGGCAUUCCGAGAGCGAAAGAAGUCAAGUAAUGGAUAAUAGCUGCGCUCCUGUCCUUACUGGAUGGCGUGCCUCCGCAGUUACACAUCAAGACGGUGCAUCGAGAACCUCGGCAACAAAGAUUGGCUCGCUCAAUGUACAAGAAGGGCCCGCAAACCCCAACUAUACCCUUUUCACGUUUUUCUACAGGAAGUAUCAUGCACUUCACAAUCAACAGCUAGACCUCUAGAGGUAAUACAAGAGAAGGUUCACCAAGCACGUUCGCCCGAGUAAAGUGAGACAGGACCAUCUAGAG